AUGGCGGACGAACUCGAUUACCUACAAGCCGACUUCGACUUGAAUUCCCUUACGGUCCCUCGUUUACGAUCUAUCCUUGUCAACCAUGACAUACCAUACCCUGCCUCGGCGAAGAAGAGUCAGCUGAUCCAAAUCCUGGAACACGAGGUGCUGCCACAGGCCAGGAGGCUGCUCCGCGAGCGCGAAAGAGUCAGACGGACAAGCGAGGGUAUCACGGACAUGGGAAGUCGAGGAUCUUCCGUUGUCAGCGAUCGGGAAGACCGCGAUUCUAUACCCCCGCCACCGACGCCAUCGACGAUAGCAUCGACCGCAGGAACCCGACGGGGUACUACUCGCCGAAGUACUCGCGCCUCCACGGCGGAUACCGACAACGAAGUGCCACCCGCUACACCCGCGACUGUAAAGCGCAAGAGUGCUGCUCGAUCGGUUGGAAAACGCCCCCGUGCUUCGGACACAGAAAUUAAUGAUGACGCGGCUACAACUCCUACUGCGGCUGUGGCUGCCUCGGCCAGAAAGUCGACCGCUCGGAAAACACGCCGUAGCGAAGACAUGGAGGGGACUACACCGUCUAUCAAAACUGAACCUCGUGAGGGGAGUAUCUUCACCGAUGAUAACCCUUUUCAGAGCGGUAGCCCCGAAUCCGUCGGCAGGCCAGUUAGCCGCGACAGCAAACGCAAGAGCGGCUCACGAUUGUCCGUUGAGAGCUCGGGCUCGAGAACACUGCGCUCACGACGAUCUGUCACUCCUGGUAGUGGUGGCAAGCAAGAAGACGGAAUAAAGGCCCCCACUAGAGCCUCUUUCGACUUCGCAUCACGACUCCAAGCGACAAAAGAAGAACCUGAAUCCGAAGACGAAGAAUCUGAAGUAGACAACGAGGACGAAGAGGAUGGGGAUGAAGACGAAGUACCCGGUGAAGAAUUUACUCCUGAAGAGCAGCUUGCCUUGGAGAGUGAACAAUACGCACCACCGACCAGAACUCGCAAGCAUUCUCACAAGCAAAGCUCUACGAGUGUUGUUGCCUCCUGGGUUGUGAUCUUAUCUGUUCUCAUUGGCUUCGCUGCUUGGUGGCGCAAGGAGAAGAUCGAGAUCGGUUAUUGUGGUCUUGGAAAGCCGACCUGGUCUUUGGCUGAAACCAAGGUACCGGAAUGGGCUAAUGUGUUAGAGCCGCUUUGCGAACCAUGUCCGCCCCAUGCCUUCUGCUAUCCCAACUUUGAAGCACGAUGUGAGCAUGAUUUCAUUUUGAAAGCCCAUCCGCUUUCUUUGGGUGGCAUUGUGCCUCUACCGCCAACUUGCGAGCCAGACAGUGAGAAGGCCCGCCGUGUGAAGGCCGUUGCAGACAAGGCUGUGGAAGAACUUCGUGAACGCAGAGCCAAAUAUGAAUGCGGCCAGCUCGAGAAUGAAAGGGAACCAACGCCCGAGAUCCCCGAGCCAAAGCUCAAAGAACAGGUCGCCAAGAAGCGUCGCAAGGGUCUGAGUGACACGGAAUUUGAUGAUCUUUGGAAAGGGGCUAUUGGUGAGAUCAUUGACAAGGACGAGGUUGUCAGUACCACUACGCAACCUUCCGCCGUCCUUAUCCUCAGCUCAACAUCAACAGCCCGACUCCCCUUCACAUGCGCCGCUCGCCGCUAUGUCCGACUCGCUCUCCUCGCGUAUCGACUCCCUAUUUCACUUCUAGUCUUGACCGCUUGUGGCUUGAUGUAUGCUCGUUCCCUAGUACGUGCUCGCCGCUCAGACCUUGCUAGGGUACCCGAAUUGGUCGCCACUACUCUUGACCGCUUGGCCACGCAAGCUGCGCUGCAUGCUUGUGGCGGGGCUCCAGAGCCGUACAUUCCUAUUGGGCAGCUUCGAGACGACGUUUUGCGCUUCGAAUUGCAAGGCAAGCGGCGUGAAGAACUGUGGGCCCGCGUCCGUCGUUUUGUCGAAGGCAAUGCUAAUGUCCGUGCCGCCGUUCGUGAAGGACGCAGUGGCGAUGUCUCACGCGUUUGGGAAUGGAUUGGAGGCAUCAGCAGCGUGGGACCAAAUGGCCAUGUGGAUGACUUCCGAGGCAGUGCACGCCGAGGCAGCGCAAGGCUAUCAUGGUCAUCCCCCCUAAACAAUGUUGAGAAUGCUCAGCAGGAUACGCCCACUCCCACCCAUGACGAUUCUACCACCAAUCACAGACAGUCCCGUCGAUGGGACGAAGGUCGUCCGAUAUACUGA